AUGAUCUACACGACCAUUGACUCCUUCUAUCUGACCAAGGACCAGAUAGAUGACUCGCCGUCGCGCAAGGAAGGAGUGGACAAGGAAACGGAGUAUGUCCUCCGUGUAUACGGCUGCGAGCUUAUUCAGGAGUCCGGAAUUCUCUUAAAACUGCCUCAGGCUGUAAUGGCCACCGGACAAGUCCUCUUCCACAGAUUUUAUUGCAAGAAGUCGCUGACGCGGUUCAAUGUCAAGGGUGUUGCUGCGAGCUGCGUGUGGCUCGCGUCGAAGCUGGAGGAGAAUCCUCGGCGGAUUCGUGACGUGCUCAACGUCUUCCACCGGAUUAACUUAAGGCGUGACAACCUCCCGUUAGUUCCCCUAGAGCAGUUCUCAAAGAACUAUGAGGACUUGCGCACGGAGCUGAUACGAACGGAAAGACACAUUCUGAAGGAGAUGGGGUUCAUCUGCCACGUGGAGCAUCCCCACAAGUUCAUUUUCAACUACCUGCGACAGCUCGACGUGCUCGAUGAUGCUGUCAAGCACGAGGCCUGGAACCUCGCCAAUGACAGUUUGCGGACGGUGCUGUGUGUGCGGUUCAAGAGCGAGGUUGUGGCAUGUGGGGUGAUCUACGCAGCAACGAGGCGGGCUCGCAUACCACUGCCAGAGAACCCGCCCUGGUGGCUGGCGUUCGACGCGUCAAAGGAGGGCAUUGACGAGGUGUGCAGGGCGCUGGCGGAGUUGUACAGGCGGCCCAAGGCGCAGUACAUUGAGGUUGCCAAGGGCAAGGACACCAAACCGUUUGUGCUCACCACGAGAGGAUGGGAGCCGCCUCCUGAUCCCCAGGAGCUUCCCGGAGUUUUGAAACAUGCUGCACCUGUUUCUGCGCCCACUCCACCACCCUCCGAUUCGAUGCCAGCGCCUGUUGAUGCUGAUGCGGCUGCAGCUGCUCCCCCUGCCCCUGCCCCUGCCCCUGCCCCUGCCCCUGCUCCUGCUCCUGAUGUUGAAAUACCAGCUACAGCUGUUGUUGAACCUGGGUCCCCUGCCACCACAAAGCCAAGCUCUGGGGAUGAUCCAGCAGCAGAGGCGGGCAAAAGGCGAGAGUCUCCACGGAAAGUGGUCAAGCGAUCCACUAGCCCCGACAGUGACCGUGGUGUGCAGGGCCAGCCUGGCAAGCGGAGGAGAAACAUGAGAGACACAGGAGAUGGUGGGGAUCCAGACCGCACAGAGAAGGACGAGUCGGAGUCAGAUGGAGAGAAAACGUUGGUGAGCAAGAGAAGGGAGAAAGAGCUGGCACUGAAAGAGAUGAAGCUGAGGGAGCAGCUGAAGCGAGACCUGGAGAAGAAAAAGGGAGCGCAGCGGUUGGGGAUUGGGAAAGCAGGCAUGGACGGUAAGGAGAAAGAGCGGCAGCAGGAUAUGGAGGGUGGGAGGGAGAAAGAGAGGGACAGGGAGCGGGAUCGGGAGUGGGCUCGAGAGCGUGAGAGGGAGCGGGAGCGGAGGGAGCGAGAGCGUGCAAACCGGGAUGUUGAGCGUGAGAGGGACAGGAAGGAUGGGAACAGAGACAAGAGGGAGGUAGAGAGGGAUGACCGGGGUGGUGAUGGGGACCGCAAGGAUCGAGAUCGGAGAGAUAGGGACCGGGAUGGCGACAGAGAUAGGGAUGGUGACCGUGAUGUGGAGCGCGAUCGGUCGUUUCGAGAUGAAGGCCGGCGCAACCGUGAACCUUUCGGUAAGUGA